GUCAAUGCAUUAUUCCUAAUACUAACGAUCACUGUGGAACUUGUAAUCCUUGUGCUGAUGGUAAAAUCUGUCAAAAUAAAACCUGCGUUUGUCCCGAUGAUAAAAUAGAUUGUGGAGGUCAAUGCAUCAUUCCUAAUACUAACGAUCACUGUGGAACUUGUAACCCUUGUGCUGGUGGUAAAAUCUGUAAAUAUAAACGCUGCGUUUGCCCCCCUGGUAUGACCGAAUGUGAAAAUAAAUGCGUUGACCUUAAAUCUGAUGAAAAAAACUGCGGAGCUUGUUGUAGCAGAUGUGAUAGGAAUAGAACCUGUUGUGGUGGUAAAUGCAUAAACACACUUAACUGCGCAGAGCACUGCGGAAGUUGCGAUAACAAAUGCCCUCAUGAUAAAGAAUGUCAAAAUGGAAUUUGCAAAUCUCAUAAACACACUGGCGCAAAAAACUGUCAUAAGAACAAAAAGUUAUAUGCAAAGCGUAAAGUUUGA